AACAUAACAAACUCUGCGAAAUCUAAAGAAGUCUCUCUGUUUCUUCUCUCUUUAAUCGAUAAACCUUAAGAACAAUCUAUUCCCCACUCUCGCAUUGUCCCCAGAAGACUCUGUGUAUGAACUAGAGUUCUUGCUUCUCCUUGAAUCGAAUCAAUGGGUAGAGAUAUAAUGGUUGUGGGUAUCCUCAUUCUCCUCUGUUCUUCUGGGUUUGUAGCUUCAGCUCCUUCAGCUAACUCUCCAGCAAAGAUUGUAAGUGGGUUCAUCUCAAACCACGGCUCAUCACUCAUGAAAUGGUUAUGGUCACUCAAAUCCACCUCCACCAAAACAACAAUUGCGACGAGAUCGAUGGUGAAAUUCGAGAAUGGGUAUACAGUGGAGACGGUCUUCGACGGAAGCAAACUCGGCAUCGAACCUUAUUCCGUCGAGGUUUUGCCUAAUGGAGAGCUGCUCGUUCUUGAUUCUGAGAACAGUAACAUCUACAAGAUCUCAUCCUCUCUUUCACUCUAUAGCAGGCCGAGACUUGUUACUGGCUCCCCUGAAGGAUACGCAGGUCACGUUGAUGGGAGGCUACGUGACGCUAGGCUGAACCAUCCUAAAGGCCUUACGGUUGAUGACAGAGGAAACAUAUAUGUUGCUGACACACUCAAUAACGCUAUACGGAAGAUAAGCGAAGGAGGAGUUACAACAAUAGCUGGUGGCAAAACGGGUAGAAAUGGAGGAGGGCAUGUGGAUGGACCGAGCGAAGAUGCAAAGUUUUCUAAUGAUUUUGUGUAA